GGCAAUGAUUUUGCCUCUGGUGAUCCAGCACCUCACCCCCAGCUUCGUCUCCUUCGUUGGCCUGGGCGCUAUCUCCGCCGCUGUCAUGAGUUCGGCGGACUCCUCCGUCCUCUCAGCAGCCUCCAUGUUCGCCAGGAAUAUCUGGAAGCUCAUCUUCAGGCAGAAUGCUAGUGAGACUGAAGUGAUCUGGGUGAUGCGUGUGGCCAUCUUCAUUGUUGGGUUCCUAGCUACCACUCUUGCCCUGACCAUCCCCUCCAUCUAUGGGCUGUGGUACUUGUCUUCAGACCUGGUGUACGUGAUCCUCUUCCCGCAGCUGUUGAUGGUGGUACACUUCCGUGACCACUGUAACCUAUACGGCUCCCUCGGUGCCUACAUCAUAGGGUUGUUCGUGAGAGUCCUGGGUGGAGAGUCCAUGAUAGGCAUCCCUCCCAUUAUUAAGUAUCCUUGGUACGACGAAGAGAAUGAAGUGCAGCUGUUCCCCUUCAGGACGCUGGCCAUGGUGCUCUCCGGGUUAUUCCUUGUUUUCAUGUCUAUGUUCACACGGUGGGUGUUCGAGACGGGACGCCUCCCGCCCAAGUACGACUUCUUCCGCUGCGUCAUCAACAUUCCCGACGACGUGCAGGUGGUGGGUGAGCCUCAGGAGGGCGAGCUAAGCGUGAUGACCUGCCACAACGUUGUCAAGUACAAUUCUACCGAUGAGAUGAAUGGUCGUGUUAACCCGGCCCUCACCCUGGGUUCUGACAGCGACGAGGAUAUCCCAGCACCCACCACUACCACCGCUGACGGCAAGGUGAAAAAACGACUCGUUGGGGAGAUCAUUUCUCCUCCACCCAUCACCUCCCCCAAGAAGCACGACCAAACGAAACUGUGAAAUAAGUAGAACAAGCCGGAGUGUGCUCUGGCUUCUCACUAGCAGGUGAUCGAAGGCCCGUUACAACGCCCGGCCCAGGAGCUGUAUGGUAACCUCAUCACCACUCAACUUCAACUGCCCUGUGUGAGAACGCUGAUGUUUUUAGGGAACUAACGAUAACUCGCAGUUAUAAGGUAAACCGGAUAUCAAUCUUGCUCUUCAAGAACUGGAAGAAAAACAAUGGAUCAUCCUCGACCACAGACACAAACUCAAGUGUCUGGGACUUCCAGGAGGCAAGAUCAUUUUUAUUUUGAGAUCCCUGAAUAAUUAUGAAUCUUUUAACACUUGUGAAGGAAGAGGGUGGGGGAGGGAUGGAAUAAAGAAGAGGAGGAGGUUGAGAGAUUACGUAACCUUUCCCAUGUGACCUUGACAACCACAACGGAGGAUCGAGCUUCCACACUUCCCUGCACUGAAUUACCAUCAUGGGUUUAGCGGGUCGCAUAAAUAACAGUUUCAGCUAGAAAAGUAAUUUAUGCUUCAGUUUGUAUAGAGUACAACAGGUGGUCCCCAGCACCACCUCUCUCACUGUCUCGAACUCCGGCAUUUCCCCCUUUCGAUCUCGGCGUUUACCCUCUCCUGCAGGAAUUUACCCUCUUCCUGGGGUAUUUAUCCUCUAGCUGGGGCAUUUUCUUCUUCUCCCCUCGUCGUCAAUUACCCUCUUCUGAUAUUUCCCAAUCUUAUGUAUUCCCUCUCUCCUGACAUCCCCCUCUUUCUCUACCACUCACAACAAACAUUCAUUUCAUGCUAUUUUUCCUCUCUCUCCCCCUUCCACCCAAGAAAAUAAUAUUCCCAUUUAAGCGAUGGAAGUGUGUGUAGUCUGUGAACGUUGGUUAUUUUUGUAGGUAAAAUAUAUACAGUAUUUCUAGUUGGCAGUGUCCGUUUUGGGAAGCUUGGUGGUUGACUUGGUCCUUAGAAUAGCAUUGCCUAAAUGAAAACAUUCGGACGACGGGAGAAGCAAUUCUUGUUGACCUCUCCGGCAGACUGAGAAAAUAUUCUGACCCGCAAUGUAGAUCUCCCUAAGGCCAAAAAUGGCUUGCUCAGCUCGCCACAGUCUUUGCUUCCCAGUGUCAUCUUUGAAAUGCUCAGCAUUUAAUGUUAAAUGCUCAGUAUUUAAUAUUAAAUGCUCAGUAUGGAGUAUUAAAUGCUCAGUAUGGAGUGUUAAGAGUGUUAAAUGCUCAGUAUUCAAUGUUAAAUGCUCACUCAGUAUUUAAUGUUAAAUGCUCGGCAUUUACUUUUUAAUGCUCAGUAUUUAAUGUUAAAUGCUCGGUAUUUAAUGUUAAAUGCUCAGUAUUUAAUGUUAAAUGCUCAGUAUUUAAUGUUAAAUGCUCGGUAUUUAAUGUUAAAUGCCCGACAUUUACUUUUUAAUGCUCAGUAUUUAAUGUUAAAUACUCAGUAUUAAUGUUAAAUGCUCGGUAUUUAAAGUUAAAUCUCAGUAUAUAAUAUUAACUGGAAGAACUAUAAUUUUUAGCAAUAUUUUCACGUUGAAUUUUUUUUAAUAACUGUAAAAAAAUAUAUUUUUAUUAAAAAAAAAAAAUAUAUAUAUAUAUAUGCGGUUCAAAGGUAUAUAGGUAAUUUUCUGUAUAUUUUUAU